UUUUAUCUUCUUCUAUAAAUACACCAACUCCACGUACCCAGUCCUUCCCACCAAUAUCGCUUGAAAAAACCUCUUUACAUAUAUCUUACGUACUAUGUCUCUGAGAGCUAAGCCAAUAACAGCCCUAUCCUCGUCGGAUGAGGAGGAGGAGAAUGACAUCCCAGACAGCCCUAAACCACCACCACCACCACCCACUAUGUCACAAUGGGCUAUAUCACAGACACUAGCUAGCACAGCCCAACUAGCCAACCUCCUACCUACAGGCACCCUCUUAGCCCUCCAAACCGUAACACCCAUCUUCACCAACCAUGGUUCCUGCGACGCCGUCACACGACCACUCACCGCAAUCCUCCUCAUCUUCCUCACCGCUGCUUGCUUCCUGGCAAGCUUCACCGACAGCUUCAAGUCCUCAGACGGCCAGGUCUUCUAUGGGUUUGCAACGUUCAAAGGCAUGUGGCUCUUUGAUUACCAAACAGCAGCAUCAUCAACCUCCGGUUUACCGGAUCUAAGAAAGUAUAAGUUGACUGCGGUUGACUGGAUUCAUGCUUUCGUGUCGGCAUUCGUGCUGAUUACAUUGGCUUUGAGAGACAGAAGCGUGGUGAGCUGCUUUUAUCCACGACCAAGUCAUGAGGCUCAAGAGGUUCUGGACAUCGUUCCGUUGGGACUUAGUCUCGGUUGCAGUUUGGUGUUUGUGAUCUUCCCUUCCAAGAGACAUGGCAUUGGCUACCCUGUAUCCCAUUGAUAUAUCUUCACCUUUUCUUUGAAACAACUCAAUUCUACCUUCUUACAAGAAAACUGAAUUUAUGUAUAGUUCGUUUUAGUUAUGUAAGGGUUUCAUUUGAUCAUUUUACAUACAUUGUUACAGAAAUAAUAACAAUUACUUAUUUUACCAUU